AAUUUCCAAAGAAUCAUUUUCUUGCGUUCUUGCCUAGUGAACAGACGUGUGUUGUGGAAAUCCAAAACAAAAUGUAUUCCAACAAAUCUUUGGUGGCACUAUUGGCCUUAGUGGGUAUUGCAAUGGCCGAAGUGGUUCCAUUCCGGGCCUGCAGUGUCAAUCAAUGCCAAUUGGCUGAAGUUCGUGUGGAUCCCUGUGCCAGAGAUAAUCCCAAUGCUGGCUGCACCCUAAAACGUCGUCAACCUGCCACCUUGGAAUUGGAUUUCACUCCCGAAUUUAAUGCUGAUACUUUGUCUGCUUCCUUGAACUGGGUGAGACCCGAUGGCCAAGAGUUACCUUUGAUCUCAAUGGACAGAGAGGCUUGUAAAUACACCAAUUGCCCUGUGACUAAUGGUCAACAACAGACGUACAAAGUGGAAAUUCCCAUUGACAAGAAAUUCCCCCUGAAUGCCUACACCAUUAAAUGGACCCUUAAGGCUCCCAGUGGCGAACAAUGCUGUUUCACCCAUGACAUCAAAUUGAUUCGUUAAGUGAGAAGCAAAAAACGAAGAACAAGCAGAUGUUGUUGAGUUGUGUUUGAAUAUUGUAAAGAAUUGAAAGAAAAAUUAAAAUAAAAAAUUUUUUCAAUGCCAAUUUGCAUUACUAA